UUUUUUUUUUUUUAAUUUCAUCAAUAUGGCUAGAACCAAACAAACUGCUCGUAAAUCUACUGGUGGUAAAGCCCCCAGAAAACAAUUAGCUACCAAAGCUGCUCGCAAGUCUGCUCCUACUACUGGUGGUGUGAAGAAGCCUCAUCGUUAUAAGCCCGGUACUGUUGCUCUUCGAGAAAUCCGUCGUUAUCAAAAAUCCACCGAACUCUUGAUCCGUAAACUUCCUUUCCAACGUUUGGUACGAGAAAUUGCUCAAGAUUUCAAGACUGACUUGCGUUUCCAAUCAUCUGCUAUUGGUGCUUUACAAGAAGCUGCGGAAGCUUAUCUUGUCUCUCUCUUUGAAGACACCAAUCUUGCUGCUAUCCAUGCCAAGCGUGUGACUAUUCAACCCAAAGAUAUUCAAUUGGCUCGUCGUCUUCGUGGUGAACGAUCUUAAGUGAAAUAGGAGAAUACAUUUUACUCUCCUCAAUUUUUAUAUCUAUUCUACUUUAGUAUUUAGUUUACUUUUAGUUUAGUCGAUCAACUAUUUAUAUAUAUGUAUAUAUAUAUGAAAGUCAUAUUUUUUUUUUUCGUUGUUGCUAUUUCUAUUCAUCAAUAAAGGAAAACAAAUAUGAUUUGUAUCAAACAAAGGAAAAAAAAAC